GGAAAGGAUAUUAGGGUUCAAUGAGUAUACUUCAGGGAAGUCCAACAAAGGGAGAAAGAGAGAGAGAGAGGCACUAAAUGGCUUCCAGAGCAAAGAGACAGAAUGGGGACCAGCGUACUCUCCCUGAGCUGAGAAUCAUCCUCCUGGGGAGGGAUUGGCUGGAGAAGAGUCAAACAGGAAACACCAUCCUGGACAGGAAGCUGUUUGACACCAGGAGGGACGUGGAGAUGUGUGUGAGGAGACAGAGUCUAGUGGACGGCCGGCAGGUCACUGUGGUCAACACAUCAGACAGAUGCAUCCAGUACUCCAUGCAGGACCCUCUCCUUGUCCACCGUAACAUAGAAGCCAGCAUAUCCAUGUGUCAACCAGGUCCCCAUGCCUUUUUCAUGGUCAUCCCUUUGAACUCACGCAAAGGCAGGGAAUGGACAGUAGAGGGCCCCCUCAAGCUUCUCAACCACAUACUCUGGAGACACAUGAUGGUAGUGUUUACCCAAUGUGAGAAACUCAGGGGAAUGUCACUAGAGGAACACAUAGCGAGACAUGGGUUUCUCCAGGAGAUGGUGGAGAAGUGUGGGCAUAGGUACCAUGCUUUAAACACUAGGGCCAACACAUGGGGCAAUGAUGUCACUCACGUCCCAGAGCUGCUGAGGAAGAUAGAUGAGAUGGUGGCAGGUGGUCCUGGUUAUGUUGUCAUGAAUGAGAGGUUUUCAAUGGCAAUUGAAGUUAAGAGGAUGGCAGAGAAGGAGAGGGCGAGCUUGAGACGGAUGACGGUUCAGAGACAGAGGGAAACACUCAGAUCUCUGCUCAGGGUCCCACCAACUAUCUGA